AUGGUUAGAAACAUUAUUUCAUUGGCGUUGGUAGUGAUUGUAGUGUUGACACUUCUGAUAUCAAAACAAUGUGUGAAUGCACAAACAAACUGUCAAGAUGUAAACACAAAGUUAAUCAAUUGCGAGCCGUUCAUGCUUGGGUACUUGUCCAAGCCUGCCCCACAAUGUUGUGCUAGUGCACAUGAUUUGGUUCUAGCAGCCUAUGCCUCCAGAGAUACUCUUAGAGCUACUUGUUGGUGCCUUAAGACAGCGUUCCAGUCGUUCCAGGUUGACUUUUCCUAUGCAGAACAAAUCACGAAGUUUUGCAAUCUCAAAGCCAAUGUUCCCCUCUAUCCAUCAGUCAACUGUGACACGCUUUAG